AUGGACAAUGCGAACAAAGUAUUUUGUACAUAUAUUAUAUUCUUGAUUGUCAUUCUGGUACCCUACACAUUCUGGUAUUCUACAGGAACACAGGGGCUCAUCUUCGUGGUAGACAGUUCCGAUAGAGAUCGCAUCGAUGAGGCGCGCUCAGAGUUACAUAAAAUUGUCUCCGACAGGGAGAUGAAAGAUGCCAUGGUGCUGGUUUUUGCGAAUAAGCAAGAUGUCCCAGGGGCAAUGAAACCUCAAGAAAUAAGCGAAAGGCUAGGAUUACCGGUGAUAAGAGAUAGGAAGUGGUUUGUUCAGCCAUCAUGUGCUACUACGGGGGAAGGCCUUAUUGAAGGUCUUACUUGGAUGACGGACAACAAGGACUGA